UGGCGUGGGGAUCGGCUAUGUCGCUUUUCGAUCAUUUGAGUUCGUACAUCUUGCCAGGCUUCCGACUUUGGCCCGUUUGGGGAAUAGCAACGCUACAAGACAGAAGUGAGCAGAUAUCUCAUUCAGGGAGGAUCGCUUGCAGGUGACUGGGAAUCCAUCUGCUCUGAGGAGACCGUCACCAGUCAGUUAUCGAUCGACUGUCUGUCGUGCCUCGCAAGUCGAUCGACACUCACACUGCAGACAGACAUUGGUACAUGAUUGUACUCCAGUCUCGAGGUGCAUGCCGUGAUCUGGCAGUCAGCGUUUUGUUGCAGUUCUAUCCUUGCAGCCUGACCAGUGUGUGAAGAAACCGUGCACCCGUGACGGUUUAGCCCCAGAUUCCCUAGUGGUUAGUGGCAGCGAGUGGUGUUGCUGAGAACUAGCGUUACUUGUGUCCGCAAGCUGUACUGGUUACUCGGUACUGAAAACAGUCCGGCUGUCCAACUGCAAGUCAUUGUGGCCAGCAGUACGAGCAGUCGAGCACGGAGCACUACUUACUGCUAGUAUGGUAUACAGUAGACUGAUCAGUGGAAUAUCUAUCAGUUAGGUGAUCACUGGCGACGACGCUACCCUGAGCUGCUGGAUGCUCGCUACAGUAGCAGAAACUGAGAGAAAACACUGUCUCUGCCUGUGUAUACACUCAUCUGAUUACAUGACUUGCUGGCUGUGAGUACAUGGGAUACAGUUGUACUGUGCGGGUAGACAGACGUACUGGUGACUAAUCCACUGUUGAACUGAUAUUCGGCCAGGUGGCUGAAGCUGCCAAUCCCGUCAUCGCUCGGCGCCGGCCUCCGGCAUCAUCGCCGUGGACCAAUCCCUUAGACUGUGCCGACGUGUGUGUGUGUGUGUGUGUGUGUGUGUGUGUGUGUGUGUGUGUGUGUGUGUGUGUGUGUGUCACUGUGUGUGUCACUGUGUGUGUGUGUGUGUGUGUGUGUGUGUGUGUGUGUGUGUGUGUGUGUGUCACUGUGUGUGUGUGUGUGUGUGUGUGUGUGUGUGUGUGUGUGUGUGUGUGUGUGUGUGUGUGUGUGUAUCAACACUGCAAAGCGGUCUCUGACGACAUGGCAGUAGCCAAAGUCUACUACGCAGACGCGAAGAUGAUACAUCUAAAUCUGAAAUGCCGGAUCAGCCGCAUUCUGCCGUACCUCAAUGCCACUUGUGGUUGCCGAGAAGAGAUUGUGCUGGACCUGGUGGAUACACAGGGAAAGAUCAUACACCUUCCUGAUUACAGGCAAGACGAGGCAUGCAAGUACCUACAGAACAACGCCAAGUACAUUCUCUGCGCCAUUCUCAAGGAUGAAGACGGCAACAAGAAGUACAAAGUGCUGCUUACGGAGCCUCAGGAGUUGUUCCCCGGUUUUCUCUUGGAAACGGAUCGGCAGGCUAGCACCAGCAGCCACACCGAAUCACAGGCCAGUGGUCGACGCAGCGCCUCACAAGCCAGUAGCACUACCAGCAUGGGUGGUGCUGGAUGGAGUAAGCUACGACGGCGAUCAAAGACCAUCACCGGUGCAUCAUCACCCGCACCGACGGCAAAGGUGAAAGGAAAGGCUAAAGCAUCUGCAGCAGGAGGGAAGUGAUUGCCAGCCAGACUCAGUGCAAGCAUGUUAUUGCUGACCAGUGCAAGCAUGCAUCCGUAUUGACCUAGACCAGUGCAAGCAUGCAUCCGUAUUGACCUAGACCAGUGCAAGCAUGCGUCCGUUUUGACCUAGACCAGUGCAAGCAUGCAUCCGUAUUGACCUAGACCGGUGCAAGCAUGCAUCCGUAUUGACCUAGACCAGUGCAAGCAUGCAUCCGUAUUGACCUAGACCAGUGCAAGCAUGCGUCCGUAUUGACCUAGACCAGUGCAAGCAUGCAUCCGUAUUGACCUAGACCAGUGCAAGCAUGCAUCCGUAUUGACCUAGACCAGUGCAAGCAUGCAUCCGUAUUGACCUAGACCAGUGCAAGCAUGCAUCUGUAUUGACCUAGACCAGUGCAAGCAUGCAUCCGUAUUGACCUAGACCAGUGCACAUACAUGUAUAUGUUCGUAUUGACGUGGACCAGUGCAGACAUGCGUCCGUAUUGACCUUGAUCCGCAAUGUCAUGGAAUUAUUUGGAAAGGGUGCGACUAGCCGUGUCACUGUGCAGUAACCAUGGUAACCCUUGGUAUGCUCUGCACAUGCCUCAACAAGCCAUAAUGCAGUUCUUGGAAGUCAACAAGCCACGCUGCUGUUCUUGGAAGUGAAAGCUCGAUUUCACAUCCCUGGCUACAAGUGUCUGUGUACUAUUCGUCGGCCUGCGUGCUGUGUGAGCCAAUGCAGCACGGCAAAUCACGCUAACGGCUCCGUCUCUACUGAACAGCUAUUGCAGCGACGUUUUGGUGUGUGUUCGCCUUGAUUUGUAUCUACUACGUACCAUCAUGCAAUGUUGCUUUUGAACGUUUUGUGUGGAAUCUGCAAAAGAGAGAGGUGCGUGUGCACAAUGUCUAGCUUGUCAGACCUCGCUUAUCCGGUCCUCUUUUAUCCGGAUCCCCCGCAAUCCGGAAGAAAAUCGUUGGCUACCGACUUACAGCAUAUGCCAUGCAUGCAUGCAGUAUGACAUUGUGAGUUCGAUAAUCCGGUUCCCUCGCCUAUCCGGAUAUUUUGUGGGAAACGGAUGAGUGCGGUUAUGCGAGAUCUGACUGUAAUCUUGUUUGUUUUAAUUAUAGCGUAGAAUUCUAAACAACUCUCUUUGUAAGCAAUACUCAUGAUACUGGCUCAUAUUCAAGUGCCGUAAUCCACAUAACGCUGCGUCGUAGCAGAUUGAUCAAAGCGUUACACAGUCAAUUUA